AUGUCGUACAACAUUAUUCCUUAUCCUAGUAAAAACAUAGGCAUCAUGAAGUUUAGGAGAGUAUUUUUAUUCCUGGCUCUUAUGGCGACGAAUUCAAUCGCGCUCGGGGCGCAACAAACCUAUAUAGUCCACAUGGACAAGACCAAAAUUGAAGGCUCAAUUCAUUCUCAAGAUAGCACAAAAGCAUGGUCUGAAUCAAUCAUUGAUUUCAUUACUCAAGCUUCAAUGGAGGGAGAAGAGCUAGAAGAUGUUCUACCACCUCAGCUUCUAUAUGCUUAUGAAACCAACAUGUUUGGUUUUGCAGCCACACUUUCUGAGAAACAACUUAAACACUUAAGCCAAAUUGAUGGUUUCCUUUCAGCCAUGCCAGAUGAACUAUCAACACUCGAUACGACACAUACUCCAAAUUUUCUUGGCCUAACAAAUGGAAAAGGACUUUGGAGUGCUCCGAGUUUGGCCUCCGAUGUGAUCAUCGGUGUCCUUGAUUCGGGAAUAUGGCCCGAACACAUCAGUUUCAACGACUCGGGCUUUUCCCCGAUCCCUCGUAAAUGGAAAGGUGUCUGUCAACAAGGCACAAAAUUCACAUCCUCAAAUUGUAACAAGAAGCUUAUUGGGGCAAGAUACUAUUUCAAAGGGUACGAAAAAUUCAUCGGAAAAAUCAACGAAACAACCGAUUAUCUUUCUGCUAGAGACACUCAAGGGCAUGGAACACACACUGCGUCAACCGCAGCCGGUAACUCUCUUCAAAAUGCAAACAUUUUUGGAUUUGCUAAAGGUUCAGCCACUGGAAUGAGGCGUACAUCAAGAAUCGCGGCUUAUAAAGUUUGCUGGCUUUCUGGCUGCGCGAAUUCCGACCUAUUAGCAGCCAUGGACCAAGCAGUUUCGGACGGUGUUGAUGUACUUUCACUAUCUUUAGGAAGUAUUCCAAAACCAUUUUAUAAUGACAGUAUUGCUAUAGCUUCAUUCGGAGCAAUGAAAAACGGCGUUUUUGUUUCUUGCUCAGCAGGCAACUCAGGCCCUUUUGCAUCAACAGUGGGAAACGGCGCACCGUGGAUCAUGACAGUUGCUGCUAGCUACAUUGACAGAACUUUUCCAACACAGCAGGUAAAAAGAGAGAGGCAAUGUUUUGCACAAAAGGUUCACUUGAUAAAACACUUGUUUUCGGAAAAAUCGUUGUCUGUGAAAGAGGAAUUAAUGGUAGAACCGAAAAAGGCGAGGUAG